CUUGUGGCAAGAUACAUAGAUUCAAUUCAAUUACAACUAAAAUACCGUCGAGAAGAAGAUUGCAGCACCAAAAUUUCCAUACAUUUUUUACCGUCGGCUAGCAGCAGGGACUGGGACUGGUACUGGGACUUGACCUGAAGCAUUCUGAAACAUUCCGGGUAUUCCGUGCACUCCGCCGUAUUGUUUUUGUUCAUGUUCAGCUAAGUGCGAUAAAAAUGUUAGCCAACAGCAAGGCUCUGACGGGGCAUUUGCACUUGCAACACAGUAACUAACUAUAUUGAAACACAAACGGAAACAACGAAAGCGGAAACGGAAACCGCAACCUAGAAAACCCAUCCUAACCUAUACAUCAAAAUGCAAAGCUCGAAAUCGUUUUUAAUACGCGACCUGCUGGGAGACCUGAUCAAUCGGCGGCAAACGGCGGAUUCGGAAAUCGAGCUCUCCAACGAUGAUUCGGACAUUGAUAUUGAGGAUCGAUCCACUCCCGACUCGACGGCGCAUGGCUGCCAGCAAGACCUGUUGCUGUCGCACCAUCACCAUUUCCACCACAAUGACGACUCCAGCGUGGAGUCAUGCGGCACGGGCACACCGGGUCCUGGGUCCGGUGUCGGAUCGGGGCUGAGUGCCGCAGCGGCUGCGGCGGGCGUGGCAGCCGGUCUUUUGGCGGCGGCGGCGGUUAACGGUGCCAACAGCAGCGAUCCAACCGGAGGAGGAGGAGGCGGAGGCCCAGGCAGUGGCGGCGGCAGCUAUGCGGAGCACAAGCUGCAGAUGAGCAAGAGCGGACGCAAGCCGAGACGACGACGCACGGCCUUCACCCACGCCCAGCUGGCGUACCUGGAACGGAAGUUCCGGUGCCAGAAGUACCUUAGCGUGGCCGAUCGCAGCGACGUGGCCGAGACGCUCAAUCUGUCCGAGACGCAGGUGAAGACCUGGUACCAGAAUCGACGCACCAAAUGGAAGCGACAGAACCAGCUGCGUCUGGAGCAGCUGCGCCACCAGGCCACGCUCGAGAAGGACUUUGGUGUGCCGGAGGGCGGCGGUGGUGGUGGGGGCUUGGGCUGCUGCCCCACCGGCCUAAGCAGCUCGUUCAGUGCCGCCGCCGCGGCGGCCGCUGCGGCCAGCAAUCCGUGCAAUUUCUUGACCUCCGCUGCAGCGGCGGCAAUCUUCCGGAAUGUGAGCUAUGUGCACGGCUGCCCCAUGUAGAGAUGCACCGCCCGCCCGCCCCUUUCCUGACCCCCAGAUUCCCCGAUUUCCCGA